CCAGUAUAAAACACAGCAGAGCAGCACCCAGAGGGAGAGGACCAGCCAGACAGAGAGGCACACCACAUCCUCCUAACUGCUCACUCAGGGGAACCAGUGGUUAAACAGGGGCUGUCCUUUCACUCGUACGCACCAGUUCGGUCAGAGGAUUUAAGAAGAGAAAUGGACUUCAUCCUGCCACCCUCGAUGUCAGCUUCUGCUAUCCAGUGGGAGAAGUUUUUACCACCUCUGAUUCCUCGGCUGAAUGGAACUUAUGGAAAAUAUAACUGGUCCCCGACAUUAUUGAUUCCAGAGACUGAUAAUGGGAGCUCUGCAGAGGUAAACUGUGAUGACAGCGGAUUUACAGUUCAAGUUGAUGUGAAGUACUUCAGCCCAAAGGAUCUAAUGGUCAAAGUGAUCGGAGACUUUGUAGAAGUGCAAGGAAAGCAUGAAGAAAAAAAGAAGAGUGGCCCUGGCUUCACAACAAGGCAGUUUAACCGCCGCUACCGGAUCCCAAAGGGGGUGGACACCAUGGCUUUGGAGUCUGCCGUCUCUCCGGACGGCAUCCUUAUCAUAUCUGCACCAAUGCUGCCGACUGAGAACGCCAGAUCCCUGACUUAAAUUGCUUUAAUCCUAAAAAAAACCACAAGAUCCUCUUCCAUCUUCUCCAUAUAUGAUAAUAACUAAACAAAAGCCUGUAUGAACACACAGACAAAAACAGCAAUAACUUCAGGCCCCUCCCCUCACAGAAACACUCGGCGUGUGCCAAAACACACAUUUGUUCUGUUCCUGGCACUGCUCUGAUAUUCCCUGCUCUGAGGUUUGUAUAUACUGCUCUGCUGUUACUCCUCAAUCUUACAUAAUGUUUCAAGACACCACUUUGUAAAUAUUCUCUGUUCACAUUCAAACUGCUGCUCUUUUUUUUGGUUUGUUUUGUGCAGCUUUUGUAAAUGCACUGCAUUGUGACUGUGAUUAUUGAUGCACCCAGACAUAUAUCCAAUGCGGAAAUAUACAAAUAAACUUUAUUUCUUUACAAAAUAACAAUAAAAAAAAUUGUGACUACA